AUAUUUGACAAAUUACAGUCCAUACAGCCAAUUGAUCGCUUAAAUAACAAAAUAUUGGGUUGCUGCCACUUCAUUUAAUCAUGGUGCGGCCUACAAAGAGACGAUAUACCAAUGUGUUGCAUGCCAAACAUUUGUUGGAUGCUGUCAAUUUUGUUCGACAACAAAAGCAAAUCCCAAACAUUGAGAGAAUUGCACGCUACAUGAAGCGUAUUCACAACCACACACAGUAUGAGACUGAGAAGCAAAUGCAGUAUGCUGUUAAAGACAACUUGAUUUUGUCAUAUCAGACUGUUGGGAAGAAAGGCAAUAUGACAGGUGUGGAACAGGAGGGAUUCAGAAUACCAGAAGAAGAAGACCUUGCUGAACAACAGGCAGAUGACCAUGACUGGUACUGUUUUAACUGUCACACGGUGGGAGAUGUGCUACCAUGUUCUGAUUGUUGGCGAGUGUUCCACCCGAGCUGUACUGACGAGGAGUGGACUGGACCAAAAUUCACUUGCUCCAUCUGUAAAUCAAACUUACAGGCUGGAAAGAAGAAAAACAAGAUGAAGAGAAAGCUACUCAACACACUGCUUAGUUACACUAUAAUGAGGAUGAAAGAAAAGACCAGAGAAUUACACAAGAUUGGCCAUCGAGAACAAGAAGUACAGUUUGAACGAUAUUUUGUGUACCAGUCCAUGGACUUGAAUCACAUCGAGCAGAAGGUUGAGAGUCACAAAUACCGCAGUUUAGAGGAGUUCCUGGCCGACACACACCUUAUAUUUCACAACAUAUAUCUUAUAUAUGGGGAUGAAAUAAAGGGUGGAAUGACUGAAUUAGCGAGGAUAAUGGCAAGAGAUUGUAAAUACGAUGUUGAAGAAAUUAAGCAAUGUCAUAAUUGCUACUACAUGUCAAAUGCAAAACCAAAGGAUUGGUUCUGUGAACCGUGUGAUCCGCCCCAUGAACUGGUAUAUGCCAAGUUAAAAGGUUACAGUUACUGGCCUGCCAAGGUCAUACGGAAGGAAGGUGAAAAAUAUGAUGUCCGAUUCUUUGGAGGUUUUCAUCAAAGGGCCCUCCUAGCACCAGAUCAAAUAAAACCUAUAACAGCAAAUGUUAAAAGCAUUGUAACCAAGAGAACUGCUGGAUUUAUGAAAGCUUGUGAAGAGUUAAAGAAGCACCAAAUUCGUCUAGCUGAGCAGGCACAAGAGAACACAGAGGAUGAAGAGGAAGAGGAUGAAAAGGAUGAUGACCGGUCAACCAGUGGUAGGAUGGAUGAUAGGAUGGAGGUAGAAGGGGAUGAAGAAGGAGAGGAUGAUGUCAAUGGACAUGACAGUAGUAAUUUGGAAGUGAGCUCAACAAGUCUCAGUCCGCCCAAGAAACGUCUCUGUCUCAAGGCUUCAACACCUGAGGAUGCUAACAUUGUCACAUCAAGUGAGGAUAAAAUUAACAUUCCAAAGGUCACCACGGUUACCGUAGCUGUCCAAACAACAAAAAGGAACACAAAAUCACAGUAUUGUCAAACAGAUCGUCGAGUGGAAAACUUGCCCUCAACUGUUGAACCAGAACCAUUACCUUCUCCAAAAACAACUAACAUUGUGUGCCCCCAGACACAAGGCUCCACUAAAUGUUCCUGUGAUGAGAAAUACAACAAAGUUUUCAAUGACUUCAAAGAAAGGCUGGACAAAGAUCAUAAAGAAGACAAGGAAAAAUCACUGAAAGAACAGUCUGAUAGGUUACAAAAAGAUUUUAAUGAAGACAAACAAAUUGCUGUGUCGCGUGCAGUGAACAACAUGCAGCGUGAGGUUGACCGUGUGAAGCGACUGACUGAAGAAAGAUGUAAACAAGAGUAUAUGGAAGAAAUGAAAAAACUAGCCCAAAAACAUAAAGAGGCGACAUCUGUUACCAAGAAAAAGCAAUGGUGUUAUAACUGUGAGGAGGAAGCCAUGUACCACUGUUGCUGGAACACGUCCUACUGUAGUGUUAAAUGCCAACAGGACCACUGGCACAAAGAACACAAGCGUGUAUGUCGACGGAAACGUUGACACUCUCCAUCUUGUUGGGGCUCGGCCCACAUACCUCCGCUGUCAUCACAUGCUAUAGGCAACAUUUAUCAUCACUAGUCUCACUGCCGUCAUCAGAGUCAUCUCAGGACAUCGCUAAUUACUGUUCUGUCCAAACCUUGAAUAGAUUUUACCAGAAUGAAAAUCUGACCUAUCGAAAAUACAGAAGGAGCCAUUAAGAAAACAUUUAAAUUGAUUUUAAGAAGUGACAUUGUCAAUUGAUAUACUAGCUUUAGGAAUCACUUGUUUUUUCAUAAAACUGCUAGUCAGUUUGUAAGGUUAUACACUAAAUGUUACUUAGGCUGCAAUCUCUUGUAUCACAUUUGAAACUUUUGUGCAAUUGAUUUAGAUAAAGAAAUUUAUGCCAAGAGGGAAAUUAAUUGUAAAAAAAUGAGGGAAUUCUGAACCUCUACAUGUUUUUGUAUAAUGUAUAGAAGAGACCAGUAAUGAAGAUUCUUCUAUAACAUUGUAAAGUUUGGGAAAAGAAA